AUGGCACAUCCGUCUCAACUAGGUUUUCAAGAUGCAGCUUCACCCGUUAUAGAAGAACUUCUCCAUUUUCACGACCACGCAUUAAUAAUUGUCUUCCUGAUUAGCACUCUUGUGCUUUAUAUUAUUGUAGCAAUAGUAACCACAAAGUUGACAAACAAGUUCAUCUUAGACUCACAAGAAAUUGAAAUCAUCUGGACUUUACUCCCAGCAAUCAUUCUAAUUCUGAUCGCCCUACCCUCCCUUCGCAUUCUUUACCUUAUGGACGAGAUUAAUGACCCCCAUCUAACAAUUAAAGCCAUGGGCCACCAGUGGUAUUGAAGUUAUGAGUAUACCGACUAUGAAGAUUUGGGUUUUGACUCAUACAUGAUCCCCACCCAAGACCUCACCCCCGGACAAUUUCGGCUGUUAGAAACAGACCACCGGAUGGUUAUUCCAGUUGAAUCACCCAUUCGGGUUUUAGUCUCCGCUGAAGACGUGUUACACUCGUGGGCAGUCCCUAGCCUCGGGGUAAAAAUGGACGCUGUUCCCGGUCGACUUAAUCAAACAGCUUUUAUUACCUCACGCCCUGGUGUAUUUUAUGGACAAUGUUCAGAAAUUUGUGGUGCUAACCACAGCUUUAUACCUAUUGUUGUUGAAGCCGUCCCCCUAGAACACUUCGAAAAUUGAUCAUUCAUUAUACUUCAAGAUGCCU